AUGGGGAAGGUGGCGGAGGAGAAGGUGGGGAUGGAGAUGACUGAGGGAGGAGUGGUGGUGGUGAACCCAAAGCCCAGCAAAGGACUGAUUACUUCGAGAGCCAUAGACUGGUUGGAGAAACUAAUAGUGAAGCUCAUGUAUGACCCUUCACAGCCUCACCAUUAUCUUUCCGGCAACUAUGCUCCGGUGCCAGAGGAAACUCCUCCUUGCAAGGACCUCCCAGUCAGAGGUCAUCUUCCGGUGUGCCUCAAUGGAGAGUUUGUCAGGGUUGGUUCUAAUGCAAAAUUCCCCCCAGUGGCUGGAUAUCACUGGUUUGAUGGAGAUGGGUAG